AUGAAGAAUCCACCUCCGCCAGCGCCAGCGCCAGCGCCAGCUCCAGCUCCAGAGUAUAUACCAUCCACAUCCGCAACACCACCCAGUCCCAGUUCCAAAUCAAUGAUCAGCAUACACGAUGAAAAACACCACCACCACCAACAACAACAACAACAACCCGAUCAACCCGAAAAUGGAGACAACGACGCCUCCCCACCCCCCUACCACCCCAUAACCCUCAUUGAGAACCAAAUCGACACCGACCAACCCCGCCGCUCGCGCAUCCUUCCCAUCCCACUCGUUAUACCCCAAACAAGCCACACCCUCCACGGCAGUAUCUACCGCCCCUUCACACGCGCCUACUCCCCCUCCCUCACAUCCCACGGCAUCCCCCGCUCGGACUUCCUCUCCUUCAUCGACGGCCUCAACAACGCCUGGCUCGCCCACCCCUACCUCCAAGCCGUCUCCACAACCUCACACCUACUGAACUUCCUCCCGCUACUGGAGACGCAGAUCGUCGGCCUGGGUGUGUCCGUCGCGGCCGAAUACGGAUCCAUCAAGCUGUCGCAGGCGCGCACGCAGGCCUAUCUGCGGAUCGCGAACGAGUCGCUUUUUGCCCCGCGCGGUCUGAGGGUGCAGAUUUUGAAGACGGCUUCGAUGUUGGAGACUGUUGGCGUGGAGUCUGAUGUACUGGAGUUGCCGCCUCUGCGGGGAGAUGGCGCUUCUUCUGUGGAGGGGGAGCCUCCGCGUUAUGGGGAUGGAGGGGAAAGGGAGGAAGGCGGGGAUGGAGGGGAGGAGGGAUUGGAUAAGGGUAAGGGUGGGGAUGGUGGGGAUAGGGCGAGGGGGAAUAAUAAGGAACAGUAUGAUCCGCAGGUGCGGAGGCUGGAGGCGCUCGCCGGCCACGUCCUCCCCAUCCGCUUCGAUGGCGAGCGGACCGACAGUGAUAAUUGGCUGAAGCGCGUGACGGCGAAACAAGAGCGGUGGUUCACGACUCGCCAGAAUACGGGGCUGGGGGUGAAGCGGGAUAAGGCGGCGCGGAUGGCGGAGAAGGCGGAGCGGGCGGGGGCGGAGAUUGAUGCGCGGAUAGCGGAGGUGGAGGCGGUGGGGGAGGGUGCGCGGGAGAGGGCGCGGGAGAGAUUGGCGGGCCCGCUGGGCGAGUCGUUGCAGGGGAGGGGCAUUGUGCGGGAUGAUCUUGAUAAGGAGAUGAAGGGGGUGGAGAGGAAGCUGGAGAAGUUGAGGAGGGAGAGGGAGGCAAAGGUUACGAAAGUGAUAAUCAAGAGUGAGAAGCGGGUGAUGAGGGUUGAGAAGAGGGAGACGAAGAUUGCGCAGAAGGUUAUGUGGGUUGUUGUUACGGGGGAUGAUGCUGGGGAGGGGGAAUUUGUGAAUCAUUUGUAUGAGGAUGAGGAUGAUGAUGAUUCUUCUUGA